AUGAGUGAUAAGCCUGAUUUAUCCGAAGUGGAGAAAACUGAAGAAAACUCAUACUGGAAAAAAAAAAAAAAAACUCUCCCCUCAAAGGAAACUAUCCAGCAGGAGAAAGAAUGUGUUCAAACAUGA